GUCGAGAAUCUCCAGAGUGCUAGAGCGACUCUUAUCAGCUAGGUAUUCACCUUGGUUGUGGCGAUUUACCCAUAUCGAUUGCCCUUUAUUCCGAGUUGAAUCUGUCCGAUCGACUGAUAUAUCGAUUGCCCUUAUUCACGGGUGAGUACUGUCCGAUCGAUUUCCAUCCUAUCCGGUUCUGUUUGGUUUGAGAAGCUUGACCCUGUGCAACUUUGAUUAUAUCAAGUGGUAUCAGAGCUAAGGUUCAAAUCAGUGGCGUGUUCUUCAAGUUUUUUUGAAGAUCUUGUGCGUUCUUGUUCGUGUUCUUGGUGGUUUUGUGCUAGUUCUUGAAGGUCUUGGCGUGCUCUUGAGCUACAAGACAGGAGGUUGUUUUUUCUUGGGAGUUCUUGCGAGGCAAGAGGCAGGUUGUGCGAGUUCUUGAAAGUUCUUGUGUUCUUGGAGUUUUCUUGCAUCACGAACAUGGAAGCAGCACUCGAAGCGAUCAGAAAUCAAUUAGAGAACAUUGCUCAUGCUCAAGAAGAGCAAACAACAAGGCUUGUCGAGCAAGCCACGAGGAUGGAGGCUGUCAAGACAAGGCUCCAGCAGCCGGUUGUGGUCGAUGCAAACCCUAACCCUAGACCUCGACAAGAAGAAAGGGGAUGGGAAAACCGAGCUCCUCCACCCUUGGUUCACGAAGUACAGCGUCAUAUGCGCCAGCAUAGACGCCUUGGAAUGCCUGGGCUGAAAGGAGAGGGCGGCAGCAUCAUCAUGAAGAGGAGUUUAAUGAUGCGGAAGCAGAGGGCUUUCAGGAGGAUGACGAUUUGCGAAACCACAAGGUCACGAUUCCACCUUUUCGCGGUACCACGAACCCUGAGGCUUAUUUGGAUUGGGAGCGAAAGAUGGAAAUAGUGUUUGAUUGUCAUUCGGUCGGGGGAAAUCCAGUUAUGAAGCAAGGUGGAUCAUCGGGGGAAAUUCGUUGUUUCAAAUGCCAUGGAAGAGGACAGAUUGCGAGCCAGUGUGCCAAUAAGAAGACCCUGAUCUU